GCUGAACAACUCAACAAUUAUUUAUCUAGUCAGGCAAAAAAUGUUGAACAUUUAUUUUGCUAUCCAGCAGUGUGUGCAGCAUUUUUAAAAAUAAAUUCGAAAUUACCAAGCUCAGCUGCUGUUGAAAGGCUAUUCAGUGUUGCCGGACAAAUUUUUACUAAUAAACGAAAGGUUGUAAACACCAGUUUCUUUUUAAAUGGCAAUGUUUGGAAAGUAGUUAACUACUAG